UAUAGAUGGUCUAUAUACAAAAAAUGUGAAUAAAUUUAACAAGAGCAGUUUGACGAAACGUUAUAGCUUAAUACAUCCUUUUAUGACAGAUAGGCGUAAUAAAAUGUAUUUUGUAAACGCAGAUAUACAGACCGGAACUUAUAUAAUAUGUAACCACUUAACAAUAAAUAAAACAUAAACGUCUUAUACUAGAAUUUAAACCAACAUCAGAUACAUGUUGUUCGAAAAAUGACACACUAAAGGAUGUCUUAUUUUCAAGGAUGGACUCUAAGGUGCAUUUUUAAGUGUUUAUACUAAAUUAUAUAAUUAAUAGGUUAUAUACUUGUUACAUCGCAUUAUAAACGUGUUAAAUUUAAUUACUCUUCUUGUUUGGAUAUCAUUUACCUAAGAAAAAAAUGAGAUAUAACAUUACUGUUUCCGAAUGGAAUUCCGAAUUGGCAAAACUGUUAAUUCCAAAUAGUUUUAUUUUGACAUUAUAUUUGCUUUGCGGAAUAACUGGUAAUAUUUUGGUAAUAUUAGUUUACACUUUUAAAAUGAAAAAACACUCAGAAGACAGAUACUUCAUUCCUGCAUUGGCUGUGUCGGACUUAUCAGCCUGCAUUGUGUGUGCGUCAUUUGGGAUAUUAUUAAAUAUGAUGCAAGCACAGUUUACAAACAACAGUUUAUGUAAGGCUUAUUGGUUCUUUGCCGCGUUUACGACAUACAUGUCGAUAUUAUUGCUGACUAUCAUCGCAAUCCACAGGUACCUUAAAGUUUGUCGACCGCUUAGAGCACAAAUGUCCCUUUUUUGGAAAAGGGCCGCACUUUUGUUGGCGCUUGUGUUGUCGAUUCUGCUUGGAUGUCCAACAUCGUUGUUGUAUGGAACUGUAGAAUUUUCUAACGCAAGUGGCAAUCUCACAGGACGUCGCUGCAGUAGGAUGAACGAUGUUAAUAAGACAGGAUCAUCUAUUUAUAGCGGAGUUAUUAGCUUAGUAAUACUUUCGACAAUAACGGUUCUUGUUGUGUGCUACGGUAAGGUUGGACGAACAAUUUUUGUUCAUUUUAAGCAUAUGUCCAAAUCAGCACUUAGUAAAAAUGUUCAAAAAGGACAGUCUCCGAGUUCAAGUGAUUUACGUUCUUGUGACACCUCUGCCACACACUCAACAGACAUUCUCACUAUAAAUCCAGAACUUUCUUCGGUAUCGAUAAAACAAGAAUUAAAUACUGACAAUAGUGGCAUUGAAAUCAGCGAUACAAACGUGAUUGCUAAAGUCAAAACCGCAAAAACGAAAUUCAAAACAGUCAAAGUAUCACUGGAUGCAGAAGAAAAAAAUAGAAGCAUAAUGUAUAAGUUUUCUCUCAUGUUUAUGGUUAUAACAAUCGUGUUUCUUAUUUGUUAUCUUCCGAAAGUUAUACUAAUGGUUAUGGAAGGACGAAACCCCAAGUUUUGGGAGAACUUUUCAAGUGGACAGAGAGCUGGAGUUCUUUUUCUUUAUCGUUUUUACAUUGUGAACAAUGUUGUCAAUCCGUUUAUUUAUGCUUUUAUGGACAUGAAAUUUCGUCAAGAGGCAAAAAAUUUACUGACUUGUAAACAUUCUUAGAAAGUUAAUAGUAGCAUGAGAAUUUCUAUGAAAGUUGUUAGUAGCACGAGAAAAUUAUAAAUUAUUGCGGUUUUCUAUGAAAGCUGUUAGUAGCACCAGUAAAAUGAAAAUUAUUAUUAUCUAAA